UCUUCCGUUUCACAUCUUCCUGUGUUUUCUCUCUCUACAAAUCCUUACUUUCUCUCUCUACAAACCCUCAGAUCUGUCUCUAUAACCGUACAUCAUCCAAUUCAAAGGUUUUGUGAGGACAGUGAAACGAUGUCGUCUCUUAGUAGAGAGCUUGUGUUUUUAAUACUACAGUUUUUAGAUGAAGAGAAGUUUAAGGAUACUGUUCACAGGUUGGAGCAAGAGUCGGGUUUUUUCUUUAACGUUCGUUACUUUGAGGAAAUGGUGACGAAUGGGGAGUGGGAUGAGGUGGAGAAGUAUCUUUCCGGGUUCACGAAAGUGGAUGAUAACAGAUAUUCGAUGAAGAUUUUCUUUGAGAUACGAAAGCAGAAGUAUUUAGAAGCUCUAGAUAAGAAGGAUCGUGCUAAAGCUGUUGAAAUUCUACUGAAGGAUUUGAAGGUGUUUUCUGCUUUUAAUGAAGAUCUGUUUAAAGAAAUAACACAGCUUUUGACUCUGGAGAAUUUCAGAGACAAUGAGCAAUUAUCGAAGUACGGAGACACAAAGUCCGCGAGGGGUAUAAUGUUGGGCGAGCUUAAGAAAUUGAUUGAAGCAAAUCCUCUGUUUCGUGAUAAGCUAAACUUCCCAACUUUAAAAAACUCGAGAUUGCGUACACUUAUCAAUCAAAGUUUGAACUGGCAACAUCAGCUGUGUAAAAACCCUAAACCAAAUCCCGACAUAAAGACUCUGUUUGUCGACCAUUCGUGUGGACAGUCGCAACCGAACGGUGCUAGGGCUCCUUCUCCCGUAAAUAAUCCGUUAAUGGGUGCGGUACCAAAGCCUGCAGGCUUCCCUCCUUUGGGUGCUCAUGGACCUUUUCAGCCUGCACCGGCAACUCUGCCAACGUCGCUUGCUGGUUGGAUGGCAAAUCCACCGACUGUUUCGCAUCCCACUGCUUCUGCGGGCCCACUUGGUUUCAAUCCGACAACUAAUUCUGCUAUGUUAAAGCGGCCCAGGACUCCACCUACCAACAAUCCUUCUGUAGACUAUCAAACAGCUGAUUCGGAACAUGUGAUGAAGAGAACACGGGCGUUUGGUAUUUCUGAUGAACAGGUCAAUCAUUUGCCUGUAAAUGUUUUACCUAUUGGUUACACUGGUCAAAGUCAAAGUCAAAGUCACCAUGGUCAGAGUUCAUACUCAUCUGAUGACUUGCCAAAAACCGUGGUGAUGACGCUUAAUCAAGGUUCAACGGUCAAGAGCAUGGAUUUUCAUCCUGUACAACAAAUCUUGCUUCUUGUUGGAACAAGUACCGGUGACAUCAUGAUAUGGGAACUCGGUAGCAGAGAGAAACUUGCUCAUAAAAAUUUUAAAGUUUGGGAUCUUAGUGCCUUCUCGAUGCCUUUGCAGGCUGCUUUGACCAGCGACUAUACUGCAACGAUCAAUCGUGUAGCUUGGAGUCCUGAUGGAACCCUCUUUGGUGUUGCAUACUCGAAGUGUGUUGUGCAGAUAUACUCAUACCAUGGCGGUGAUGAUCUUCGAAACCACUUGGAGAUUGAUGCUCAUGUUGGCAGCGUGAAUGAUCUCGCCUUUUCUUACCCGAACAAACAACUUUGCAUAGUGACGUGCGGAGAAGACAGAUCAAUAAAAGUUUGGGAUGCAGCAACAGGUGCCAAACAGUACACAUUUGAGGGUCAUGAAGCACCAGUUUAUUCCGUAUGUCCGCAUUUUAAAGAAAACGUUCAGUUUAUAUUCUCAACUGCAACUGACGGGAAAAUAAAAGCAUGGUUGUAUGACAAUAUGGGUUCGAGAGUUGACUAUGAUGCUCCAGGUCAUUCAUCCACUACAAUGGCGUACACUGCGGAUGGAACAAGGUUAUUCUCAUGUGGCACAAAUAAAGAAGGAGAAUCAUACAUUGUGGAAUGGAAUGAAAGUGAAGGAGCUGUUAAACGGACAUAUAACGGGCUCGGGAAAAGAUCCGUUGGCGUUGUGCAAUUCGAUACUACAAAAAACCGUUUUCUUGCCGCUGGUGACGAGUUUCUCGUUAAAUUCUGGGAUAUGGAUAGUGUAAACUUAUUGACAACCGUUGAUGCUGAGGGUGGUUUACCGGCGUCCGCUUGCAUAAGAUUCAACAAGGAAGGGAUUCUAUUGGCGGUUUCAACUAAUGAUAAUGGCAUCAAGAUUCUAGCUAAUCCCGAUGGGAUGCGGCUUCUAAGAACCAUGGAGAAUCGUUCUUUUGACUCCUCUCGAGUCGCGUCUGCAUCUGUUGUGAAGAGCUCUGCUAUGACUACAUUUGGUGUUGCUAAUCCAUCUGCGGGUCCCAACAUUAUGGAUAGAGUGACAACAAUGCCCCCAAUGAUUGCAAUGAAUGGUGACAAUCGAAGCUUGGUUGAUGUUAAACCUAGAGUCGGAGAUGAAUCCAUUGAAAAAUCUAGAAUAUGGAAACUGACGGAAAUUACCGAACCGUCACAAUGCCGCUCGUUACGGCUUCCAGAUACUACAUCUUCAACCAUGAAGGUUUCAAGGUUGAUUUACACGAAUUCGGGACUUGCUAUAUUGGCUCUAGCAGCCAAUGCCGUUCAUAAACUAUGGAAAUGGCAGCGAAAUGACCGCAAUUCAACUGGAAAGGCUACUGCAAAUGUCGUUCCCCAGUUAUGGCAGCCAACUAGCGGCAUCUUGAUGACAAAUGUUAUCAGUGACACCAACCCUGAAGAAGCCGUCCCGUGUUUUGCACUGUCAAAGAAUGAUUCCUAUGUUAUGUCUGCUUCUGGCGGGAAAAUCUCGUUAUUCAACAUGAUGACAUUUAAGACGAUGACUACGUUCAUGCCACCUCCACCUGCUGCAACGUUUUUGGCGUUCCAUCCGCAAGAUAAUAAUAUUAUAGCCAUUGGCAUGGAGGACUCAUCUAUUCAAAUCUACAAUGUUCGCAUCGAUGAGGUUAAAACCAAGCUUAAAGGUCAUAGCAAACGGAUAACUGGUUUGGCGUUUUCUAACGUGCUUAACGUCUUGGUAUCUUCCGGUGCCGAUUCUCAGUUAUGUGUUUGGAGCACGGAAGGAUGGGAAAAACAAACGAGUAAAAGUUUGCAAAUUCCACCUGGACGCGUUGCUGCUCCUGUAGCGGAUACGCGCGUACAAUUUCACAACGAUCAAACACAAUUGUUAGUAGUUCAUGAAACUCAGAUUGCUAUAUAUGAAGCACCUAAACUUGAGCGCCUGAAGCAGUGGGUCCCGCCAGAAACAAAUGGUUUGAUCACCCACGCUACUUAUUCAUGCGAUAGCCAAUCAAUCUACGUGAGCUUUGAGGAUGGAAGUGUCGGUAUUCUUACGGCAUCCACACUCAGAUUAAGAUGCCGAAUUGGUUCUUCGUCGUACUUGUCAACUAAUCCAACUUCCAGGGUGUAUCCACUUGUGAUUGCUGCACACCCGACCGAAGCUAAUCAAUUUGCACUAGGGUUGACCGAUGGUGGUGUGAUUGUACUCGAGCCGUUAGAAUCAGAAGGAAAAUGGGGUACCUCACCACCGCUUGAGAAUGGUGCUGGCCCAAGUGGUUUGACCGCUGGUGCAACGAGUACAACUGAUCAAAGUCAAAGAUAAUAUUUAAGAUAAGAUAGGUACAGGAGUCGGUGUAGGGCAGUUAUACCUGUGGAACAUGUAGUGUGUUUUAUACACCUUUAGAAUCAGGUAUAGAUGGUGUAAAGCAAAAAUCUUUAAAGUUAGGUUGUCGAGAAACUCGUGUUUAAUCUUUAUUUUGUCAGUAGCGAGUUUAGUAAAUGGCCAUACAAAGGUUUUUAUAA